AUGGACAAAACCACGCAGAACCUGGCAGCCACCCCUGAGGGCCGCAGCGCAUUGGUGCUGGCAGAGGUGCAGAAGCUGCCAGGUGGCUGUGGGGGCGAGGACCCAGAGGACCCUCGAUGUGCCAAGGUGACUGUGAUUGGCAGCACGCGGCCUGUGCCUCCUGAGGGCGUGGACCAGGCCAUGGGCAUGCUGGUGGCGCGACACCCCGUCAUGGGCGGCCUGCACAUCGUGUCCGCGGAGGACUACUUCGCAGCGGACCUUGCGCCGGCGCCCUCGACUGCGGCAGCAGCGGCAUGA